AUGACAUUGGACCGGUUACCUUCAAGCCGACCCUGGCCUUUUCGCCCCACUGCCCAAGGUGCGUUGUCAUACUUCGUGGGCAACAACGCCACCAACGACUAUGCCGGCGGCGGCGGCAUCCCGGAAGACAAAGGGUUUGCCAUUGCUUCCGGCGAUACUUGGGCAAAGGUCUUAUUUUUCAACGACCAGAUCAGUUGUGUGGGGGAUGUUGCGCUUGCUCAGGGGUAUUACUACUUCACCAACGCAGCAUCUAAAGCAGACAUCGGGGUUGAGUACACCUUUGUCUACAAGAAGAUUGGGGAAGACCAGUUGAAGAUCAUUGUCUACUGCCGGCUCCUGCUUCGCUCCCAGCACCGGCUUCGGCCACUCUGA